CUGUGGGGGUGGCUGGGGAACUCAUUUAAAGCUUCUAAGGCCUGAGAACUAGGGCUAGAAAGAAAAAAAAUGGAAACAAAGUGGGUGCCCCUCAAUUGGAGACUGGCUGAACAAGUUGUGGUAUGUGACUAUGAUGGAAUGUAAUUGUGCUAUAAGAAAUUAUGUGGCCCUCUUUCCGCCAUCUUGCAGUGGCGCAUAGGUCUGGCCAUUUUUCCCCCUGCUCACAAAACCUCAAUGGCUCCCUAUUGCUUGUAGGAUAAGAUCCAGCCUCUUCUGUUAGCCUUUUUUGCACCUCUAACUUGGUUUGGGCCUAAUUUUACAAGCCACCAUGGUGCACAUAAAUGUCCUGGCAGAUGCUCUCAAAAGCAUCAACAAUGCUGAAAAACAAGGAAAACGCCAGGUUCUCAUUAGGCCGUGCUCUAAAGUAAUCAUCAGGUUCUUAACUGUGAUGAUGAAGCAUGGUUACAUUGUCGAAUUUGAGAUCAUUGAUGAUCACAGAGCAGGAAAAAUUGUUGUGAACCUCACAGGCAGAUUAAACAAGUGUGGUGUAAUCAGCCCCAGAUUUGAUGUUCAUUUGAAAGAUCUGGAAAAGUGGCAGAAUAAUCUGCUACCAUCCCAUCAGUUUGGGUUCAUUGUGCUUACAACCUCAGCUGGCAUCAUGGACCACGAGGAAGCAAGAUGA